UCCUCACUUCUUCUUUCCACCUCUUUUUCUCUCAAGGAAACAACUGCAUCCUUCUGCAAACUCAAGGCCUUCCACUACCUCCCACACCUCAACCCACAAUUUCUCUCCUCUCUGCGACCUCGCCUGAAGGCUACAACCCUACCUGAUAUGGAUGAAGUUGCAACAAUUGCUUAUUCACCGGCCGCCUUCUUCAGCGGACUCCAGGCUGAUAUUGCUGCUACAAAGACCAUUUCCUCAGGCCAAUUCAGCCCUGGAAGCUUCUCCAUGCCUUACUUGUCUUCAAGCUUCCAAGUUCACUCCCCAAUCCAGGACUUCGCCACGCAGGCCUGUUCUUGGAGCAGUUCAGCUUCAGACGAGGCCGACGAGCAGCAGAACAUGAUCAACGACAGGAAGCAGAGGCGGAUGCUCUCGAACAGAGAGUCUGCGCGCCGGUCCCGCAUGCGGAAACAGAGGCUCCUUGAUGAGCUCUGGUCACAGGUGGUGCACCUCCGGUCCGAGAACCGCGAACUCAUUGAGAGACUUAAUUCUUUAUCUGAUCAACAUGAACAGAUCAUGAGGGAGAACCACUGCCUCAGAAAAAAGGCUUCCGAUCUUCAACAGAAGCUCAGUGAUCUGCAUUUAGAUCCUUCUGAUGUUCACCCCGAUCAUGAAGAGGUGCCCUGCAACGCAGCCUACCUCCGAGCAGAGAUGGCCAAUCAGCACCCUGUUACUGCGUCCGUUGAUCUGCUACACUGAUGAAACAUCCUCUUCUCUUUCUGUUUCAUCCUUUUUUUCUUUUUUCUUUCUUUUCCUUUUUUUCUUCUUCUUUUCUUUUCUGCCGUACGUGACUGUUAUCGAUCCCUGAGGAAGCUACCUAGGCUUCUUACAUUUUGAUCCGCUUAUCUGUAUGAAUAGAUUAAGCAGCCAAUAAAUAAAAAUUUUGUUUGUUUCACUUUCUUAUUGA